CACUGACAACACCGCGAAUCAAUGACGUUUACCUAGUUUUAAAACAAUACACAAUCCUUAGUUUUGUAGACUCAUUGUUUUAGUUUUCCCCAUUUUCAUUUUGCAUGCAUUUUCCGUAGAUUAUUACUUAUCACCGAAUUCAUAUUAUUAUGACCGUCCCACUGUCGAAAGACGAAUCUCAUUUAUAACCGAAAUCGGAAGCAGCACACAAAACAAUUUUCCGUAAUACCACUUGUCUAUCAUGAGUAUUAAAACAAGAUCUCUAGUGUUUGCAACGUUCUUCGGUAGUUGCAUUGUUGUCGGUCUUCUAGUUGCCGCCUUAACGACUGAUUAUUGGGUAUUAUCUGAAGCAAAACGUCACACCAAUGGAACGAUAACGAAAGAACCUGCGGGUAAAGUUAACUUUGGCCUAUUUUCCGGCUACAAAGGACUCAAUAUUGGCUAUGGCGUUCGACCGGAAACUAUCAAUGUUAUGCUGUUCAUGCAAUCCGAACCGGAUUCGAUGAACUAUUGGUUGUGGUUAGGAGCGGCUCUUGGUGUCGGAUUUGGUUUAUUGGCCAGUGCUAUUGCUGCCAUUGCAUCGGUACUUAAGACUGCUUCGAUUUCGAAGAAACGGGGAACAUUGAUUUUACUGUUCAUCAGUAAUGUAGCGUCAGCUCUGUCACAAAUUCUUGCCUUUAUUUGCUGGCUCGUUCAAUUCUUCCAAUAUUUAACGCACAAUGUUCUAACAACGGCUGAUCGAGAGACCCAUUGGUACUCACACGGCCUAGCAUCACUUGGUCAUAGCUUUUAUUUCCUUGUCGUUGGAAUUUUAUUCGUGUUCUUCAAUAUUGGACUGCUCAUAGCUGCGGUAAAUAUGGAACGUAGAGAACGCCGAAAAGCCAGACACGAUGAUCCUGCGUACGAUGAGAAGGCUCAGGGAGCUAUUAUGUUGUAUUAGGAGGGAGAGACGUUCAUGUGGAACGUUAACUUUUCACAUUUUUUUUUUAUUUCUAAAGAUCUGAGACUUUUGAACAAAUUGAAAUUAAGCAACACAAAGUUAAAGUGCCUAUCAUGCCAUACUCACAACUCUUUUUUUUAUAGAUUUAUCGAUGAUUGCCUAACUGUACAUUGUUGUACUUAACAAAAUGUUAACGAGAGUGAAAUAUUUUUGUUUUACAAAUAAAAGUUUACAUUUUUCAGUAACAGCA